UGUCUAGCUACUUCCUGUACAUCUACUCAGCUGACAGCCAUGCGGUUCCGUUUCUGUGGAGAUCUGGACUGCCCAGACUGGGUACUCGCUGAAAUUAGCACAUUAGCGAAGCUUUCGAGUAUCAAAAUGAAACUCCUCUGUGCUCAAGUGCUGAGGGAUUUGCUCGGGGACGGCAUCGAUUAUGACAAGGUCACAAAGCUUACUGCAGAUGCAAAGUUUGAGAGCGGGGACAUCAAAGCCAGUGUAGCGGUGCUCAGCUUCAUUCUGUCCAGUGCAGCGAAGCACGAUGUUGACAGUGAAUCUCUGUCCAGCGAGCUGCAGCAGCUCGGCCUGCCUAAAGAACACACAACUGGUCUCUGCAAGUCAUAUGAAGACAAGCACUCUGCACUGCAGUGCAAAUUAAGAGAGACAAGCCUGAGGUUGGGCCAACUGGAGGCUGUGUCAUGGCGCAUUGAUUACACUCUGAGCUCCAGUGAACUGAGGGAGGUCAAUGAACCUAUGAUUCAGCUGAAACUGCAGGCACAAGGAGCAGAGUCAGGCUGCUCAGAGACGACUGUUGUUUCCAUUUCUGCCAACAAGUUCAGAGUAUUGCUUGCAGAGCUCAAACAAGCCCAGGCAAGGAUGAAUGCACUACAAUGAAGAGAGGACGAUAAAAUUAGACCUCAACAUCUGACCAAGAGCUGGACACGAAUGAUGCUGAUAGGCUGCCAAAAGUGCCAUUCUUACAUCUUGUACACUAUAAUUUUACGUAUGAACGUUGUCCUUUCAGAGGUCAUGUGAAUGUCUUAUUCCUUAUUUGUACUGACAGAUAUUUAGUUGUGCUUUUCUACCACAUUAGUAAUAACUGGUGGAAAUGUUUCCAGACUUUUCAAAAAUACAGAAUGGUGCAUUUUUGUAUUAUAUUGUAUAUUAAUUAUAUGAAUCCACACAUGAUUGUAUAUUAAUUUACACAUGAUUUGAAUUAUGUUGAUAAUGUGUUUAACCUUCUUAUGCUUAUAAAUAAAAUAAAACGGAGAUA